CUGCUGAAGAUAUGUCAAAAGUGUCAAAACCGAAAAAGGUACGUCUGACCGAAGAAGAGAUAGCUCUUGGUGCGUUUUUGAUUCGCGGAAAGAAAACGCAACGGGAUCUUAUUGAUGCAGCCUGGAACCGUUAUGCUUUUAACGAUAAAAACCUGCCAGCUUGGCUUAUACAGGAUGAACAUGAACACAUGACUAUGCCACAACCAGUGCCUCAAGAGCUUACCGAAGAAUACCAACGCAAGGUCCAGGAGUUAAAUGUGCGCCCUAUAAAAAAAGUAAUGGAGGCAAAAGCACGAAAGAAGCGCCGUUCUACAAAGCGCUUGGCCAAAGCAAAAAAAAUGGCCGAAAAGAUAAUGGAAAACGCUGAUGCCUCAACCCAUGAGAAGGCAAAGCAACUUAGAAAGGUAUAUAAGAAAGCACAAGAAAAGAAAAAGGAGAUUACAUAUGUAGUCGCUAAAAAGCACACUUCGUCUCGUCGGUCCCGUCGCCCAGCUGGUGUUAAAGGACGUUAUCGCGUCGUAGAUCCGCGAGAGAAGAAGGAUAAACGCUCUUCAGUCGCUAUAAAGCAACGCAAAAAAGGUGCUAAAAUUGGAAAGGGAAAACGGUAAAAAAAUAAACCUGAACAAUUAAAUGUAAACAGAAAAAAAACUACACUUAUUAC